GCCCACCUCUCAACCCAAAGGAACCCUCUCUCUCUCCCGUUGGCGGUGCGACGAGGUGACCACGGCGCCGGAAGAAUGGCGAAGGGCGGCGGCGGCAGCGGUCUGAUCUGGGCGACGGCGGAGGAUCUGGCGCGGAACAGGCCGGUGGUGCUGUCGCUGUACCGGCAGAUCCUGCGGGCGCUCAACUCGCCGGAGCUGCCGCUGGGGCACGCGGCGCGGCUGGCCAAGAAGGCGGAGUGCCGGGCCAUCUUCAUCUUCGGCGCCGAGGAGAAGUCGGUCCACAAUAUCCGUGACCUCGUCGAGGCUGCGCGACACACGCUUGGACUGCUCAACCGUGGCCGCGUCCCGUAGAGAGGAACGAGGAAUCUAUCUCUGUAAGAUUUGGUUCUGGUGCCUGCUGAUGAAUGGCUAAAUUGGUAUCGUAUGUUCUUGUAAGCUACUAUCCAUAUACUGUAUACUUACUAAUUAAAAGAAGGAAGUUUUCAGUAUGAAUGGAUUGCAACUUGAGCCAUUGAAAAUUCUUAAGUUUGAGCCAUUGAAGUUUUCAGUAUGAA